CAGUCGCUUGGUGGUGGUGGUGGCAGACAGUCGUGGCGGCAGAGGUGGUGGCGGCCGCGGCACUGGCUCUGACCUGCCUCUCUGACACUCUCCCUCUCUCUCUCUUUCUAUCUCCCUCACACAUCCUCCCUCCCAGCGCCUCUCUUUUCUCUCGCUCACUCUCUCUUUCUCUCUAGCUGCCGCACGCUACGCUCACACAUUCACUCCAGUAAGGUUGUAAAUCAUACAUGUUUAGCCUUCCUGCUCCAUACAUUGUGCGUGGUAACAUUUCCUUCUCCGUAUCUCGACUUCCUACUCCUCCUCCUCCUCCUCUUUCCGCUGCAUUAACCCGAAGCGGUAACUCGUGCACGCCUUGCUACGUCCUUGAUUCACAUUGACACCCACAUAAGCACUCGGGCACACUGGUCUUCACGCAUUACGCCUCCUUGGUUAGCUCACUCACUCACUCACGCUCACUCACUCACCUACACACGUUUUCUAUCUAUUCAUUUCCCUUUUUCCGUCUUUCUCUUUCUCUCUUACGCCGGUGCCACGCGACUAUCCCUCCUGCUGCAGCGCUCGUCACUUCUUCAGGAGACCAAGUUCUGAGGUGUGGGAGACUCGCGGCUUGUCACGUGAGGGCUGCCCCACCGCGCCCACCUACCACACCUGCCUCUGUGGGUAGCAGCGCGAAGGAUGGUCUCCCAGGGGAACAGGUACGCCCACGCCCACUGAGGAGGUGAUGGCGCGCCGCCGCUGGCUAGUGGUGGGCCUGGGGAUGGUGCUGGGAGGCUACCUGGCACUCGCGGCCCUCACACACCUGGCGGCCCUCCCACAAACCCACAGAGGAGAAGGCGAGGGCAGCGGCUGGGAGGGGAAGUACACGCUGCCUUCCCUGGAGGAAGUAAUUCAGUCUGUUCAUGACCUCGAUGUUCAGCGCGUCCUUCGUAUGUAUAGCGCCCAGCACCAGCAGGUGCCUGCCUUCACACCCCCCGUGAGGGUGCUGGUCUCCUCCACGUGGCGCAGCGGCUCCACUCUGCUGGGGGAGGUGUUGGCGGCACACCCCGGGGCGUAUUACCAUUACGAGCCACUCAUGCCCUACGGCCUCCAGCAGCUGGGACCCACACAGAGCAAUCAGAACGAGGUGGAGGGACUGCUGCGUGGGCUGCUACGGUGCGAGUACCAGCUGGCGGACGACUACCUCAAAUUCGCCUUCGUCAACCACGACAUGUUCAUGCGCAACUUACGGCUGUGGUCCAUGUGCAGUGCCAUGCCUCGCACCAAGUGUUACACGCCCGACACUUUGGCACGCUUGUGCUCCCUGUUCCCCGUGCAUGUCAUGAAGGUAGUGAGGGCGCGCCUGGAGCUUCUGGCGCCUCUCCUUUCUGACUCUCGAGUGCGCUUGGUGUGGCUGGUGCGGGACCCUCGAGCCGUCAUGAACUCCCGGACCUCAAGCGUCACCUGGUGCCAAACUCGUGCCUGCAGCGACCCAGGCUACUUGUGCUCCGACUUAACCGCGGACCUCAGCACGUACCUGGUGCUGAAGGAGACCCAUCCGGACCAGGUGAUGCUGCUUAGGUACGAGGAUUUGGCUCGCAACCCGUACGAGAAGAGCCGCGAGGUGCUCACCUUCGCGGGGCUCACCUUUCAUCGCCAGGUGAAGGAAUACCUAGAUGACCACCUCACCUCAGAUGAGGACGAGCCCUGGAGCACCCGCCACGACCCCAGGACGCGCGUCUCCCGCUGGAUGAAGGUCAUGGGGUUUGAAGACGUUGUGAAAACUCAAUACCACUGCCACAGCAUCAUGAAAAGCCUCGGGUACAGACUGUUCACAUCCAAGGAAGACAUGGACACCGGGAACGCCGUUGGUCUGUUAAACCUUCCGUAACAUGACUCCUCCUUUCCAGCUGUAGACUCGAGCGAUCGCCCUCCAUUCCCUGCCCACACGAGGUCUCCCUUUGUACCGUACUUCUGUCAUGUCGAGCAACAGAGUUAGUGACACUUGUGCUAAAGUAAGCCUUGCAUGAGGACUGUGCAGGGCAGUUAUAUGAAUGUGAUGGCACUUGUGUACGGGUGUCACUGAUUCAGCAAGGCUCUCUAUUAUAUCUACCAAGUGUUUCGCACCUUAGCGUAGAUUUUGCACCGUACUGUUUAUAAUGGUCAUGUGUCUGUGAUAAGAGUCCUCAUCUUGUUCUCAAUGGACAUGUAUGAGAUAUAUUUUCACGUGUGAGAGAAAAUACAAAUUAUAAAAACCGUUUAAAAAUAACUUCUUAUUC